AGAUUUAGUGGAGCUGCUUAACGUUCAUCAUUUGUAGUUUCGAAUAGUGAUGUGAAUGGUUCAAGGAACCAACAAAAUAUACAAUCAUGGGGUUACUUUCUGGAGGCCACUCCUUGUAUCUGCAAAAUGUUUCAGAACAAGUUUUUCUGACAGCAUGUUUAAUAAAUUGACAACAAAUAUGUCCCAGCCAUCAAAGAGCAAACUGAAGAGGCAGAGCCGUGCUUUCACACAGGUUCUAUAUCGGAAGCUAAGUUACCGUGAGCGAAAGUCAGCAGCUGAUAUUCCAGUGGGCAUAUUAGAUGAUCCUUCAGAGCUCUCAAUCCAGCUUUCUGCACCCGGUAUACUUAAGAUCUUUGGCAAUGAAAUCUGCAAUGGUGCAAACUACAAAAGUGUCCUUGCCACACCAAGGUCAAGUUCCCAGGAGCUGGUCAAAGAAGCCCUUGAACGGUACUCUGUGAAUAAGACAUCUGCCUGUGAGUACCUUCUAUGUGAUGUAAUUGGAAGGUUUGAAGGGAAUGACAAAUGCUGGCGAACAGAGUGUCUCAGACCUUUGGGGGACAAUGAAAAACCACUUCUCCUUCAGGAUCUUUGGAAACCUAAGGAGGGAUUUGCCAGAAGAUUUGAGCUUCGACGGCGGGCUGAGGUAGAGGAAAUGGCUGCAAAAGAGAAAGAUACAACAACAGCAGAUAUAAACGCUCAAGCACGGAAACUGCAGAGAAACCGAGCAAAAGGCAAAGACUUAACCAUGUCUGACUACAGACGUAAAUUAACACCUCUUCGACGUAGUGUCAGUGAAACAAGUCUUGUUGACAUUGGAAACCAUGAGGAGGAGCAACAGAGGCUUUAUUCGACACUACCUGGGCAGUCUGUAAAGAAGAACAGUCAAUGCAAAAGUGGGAAUCUUUGCAGCAGAACCGAUAAAGAGAAGCAAGCAACAAGCAUUCAUGAUGGUUACUCGUACUCCAGCUACGAAACCCCUCAUCUUCUGCUUCUUCAGGGGUAUAACCAACAGAGAGAUUGUUUGGUGUAUCCUCUAGAGUGUGAGAAGCAAAUAAUAGGUCAAGAAACGGCUUCAGUAAAGCCUAACAUCUGUUUAUCAUCGCCAGACAUCCUUUCUCUCCAUUGUAAAAUCAAAAGAAUUAAACGGUCAAAAAAACAAAAUUACCAUGAAGAACAGACUAUUGUGGAGUCAUUCCCAAAUGCCUUCACAGUAGUGAAUUGCGUGCCAGUAGAAGGACCUGCAGAACUGAGGCAUGGUGAUCUGAUUGGAUUCGGACAACAUUACAUUUUUCUCUUCAAGGAUCCUUUAGCUGCUAGAAAGUUGCCAGCUCAAACAUUUUCCAUGCUGAGACAUUUGCACCACUUCUCCAGCCAUAAGAGUAACCGGAAAAUUACCAUUUGCAAAAUGUGUGGCUCCAUUAUUAAGAAUUACUCAGCAAACAUGCCAAAAAAUGCCAUCUCAUCUGCAGACAGAAACACUACUGUUCAUAAAAGGAAGCUACAACUGGAAUAUGAACAGGCCUUUGAAGAUGUGCUGAUUGAUAAAAUCUUGACCCUCAUUGAACCUGGUGGAGAUGAUCAUAAGCUAACUCCAGCUUGCCUGCUUUGUCUAUGUGUUCAGCAUUCAGCCACUACCUUCCAGUCAGGUGAUUUUAUGAAGCUCCUUCUGAAGAUUGUGAAUAGGAUGCAAGCAAUAGUUUGGGGGAAGACAAAAGAAUUGGCAAAAAAACAUACUGAACAGCAGGAUCCAGUAUCUCAACCUCUAAUCAGUAUUACAGACCUAGUUCCAGACCUGCAACAUAUUUUUUUCUGGAUGUCCAACUCCAUUGAGCUACUGUACUUCAUCCAGCAGAGAGUUCCAAAAUACAUUCAGAGCAUUGAGGACCUGAAAGCGCAAGGUUCUAAAGAAUCAUUGCUCUCAUCCACAAUUUCCGUUAAUGAAGAAGUCAUGACUAUUUUGGAAGAGAUGAUCAUGCAUUCAUUCCAGCAAAGUGUGUACUACAUUACCAAGUCGCUGUAUGUUACACUUCCUAUCUUCUUGGAUUGCAAUCCCUUUCAGACUGAGAGGGGACACUCCUGGACAAAUUCUUCUCCCAUCCCAGAACCAGUGCACGGCAUCGUGCAGAUAUACAAGAUGACACUAGACCUCCUCCAUCAGUAUGAGAUUCACCCAGAAAUUGCAACACAAAUGUUUGCUUACCUUUUCUUUUUCUCCAAUGCCUCUCUCUUCAACCUGCUGAUGGAUAGGGGCUCAAGGCAGCAUUUUUUUCACUGGUCCAAGGGGAAACAGAUGCAAGCCAGUUUCCAUCUGUUGCUGGAGUGGAUACAAAAUGUAGGAAUGGGGAACAUUGCAGAUGAAUUUUUCUUCAAAUUCAGUAGUGCUGUAAAGCUUCUGGCUAUACCAGUGUCCAAUCUUAUGCAGUGCAACUGGAGUUGCCUCAGGAGAGAAUUCCCAGCCUUAAACCCAUCCCAGCUUCUUCACAUACUUACACACUACCAUGCGGCAGCUGGAGUGGAUCACAUAGCAGCAUGGCAGCCAAGUACUGAGGAGAGGGCAAAAUUGUACAAAACGGAGGAUAUUCUGUUGAGUUUUGAUCAGUAUCCUCCUCUGGUGCUGCCAACUAGUAAUUUUAAGGUGGAUAUAGAUGCAGAGACUGUAGAUGACAACAUGUACAGACACCUGUUGUAUAUACGUCACUUUCUUUGGAGCCUGCGCACUAAAUGCCAGUCAACCAACAGAUGUGUUACAGCCAGUGAAUUUCAGGCUGAAUUUCCAGUUUACUACAACUGUCAUGAACUCUCUUCAGGCAGCCUGGCUACAAUUCCCAAUCUCAAGAUGCCUGAUGAGCAAUCAGGCCAAAACAAUUACCUUAAUAAUAAUUUUGAUGCAGAAAAGGAUGGAACAAGGUUGAGUACUUCCUGGGUCAGUGGAUCAUAUGGUGAUUUUAACACCUGCUACAAACACAACCUGAAUCUACAGACUACCCAGGAGAGGCAGAGGGCCCCAGAGAAGAGUAUGCAGCCACUUGAUCCUUCCUGUCUUUUAACUCCUCCAAAUACUCCUCUGAACAUUGACCUUGUGCAGACAAAUGGAGAUGGUAGACUUGCAUCAAACUUCAGGAGAAACGGUAUCCACAGAAGCAGAGCAAAUGAGGGAGAAGGAAGAAUUUCCGCAACAUACGACCUACCAACUCCAACAUCUUCCAGCCUUAGCUCCGGAGAUGAUGAUCCAUGUUAUGUGUUUGCUGUGGAGUUGACUCGGGGGCCUCUUGGUUUAGGAAUGGGACUGAUUGAUGGACUGCAUACAACCUUAAAAUCCCCAGGGAUUUAUAUCAGAACACUUCUGCCUGACAGUCCAGCAGCUUCUGAUGGGAGACUGGGGAUUGGGGACAGAAUCCUGGCAGUAAAUGGAACCAGCUUAAUUGGAGCAGAUUAUGACAGUGCAGUUAACCUGAUCCGUUCAGCAGGUGAGAGGCCACGAUUCCUGGUUGCUAAGUCAGAUUUCAUCAGUGCUGAGAAGAUCAGUGCAUCAUCCUGUUAGUCACAUUACUCCUCUUCAUUCCUUCAUGUUUAAGUGAUAAUUGAGCAAAAAUGAUUGACAGAUGUCAAUUAAGUACUAUUGUAGCUGUCAGGCUUUACCUCCUAAACUCACUAUUAGGAUAUAAAAGUUCAUAUAAAACACUUUUCUUUUAAAAAAAAAUCACUUUUUCCCCAAAUAAGAUUCCUAAAUAGAGGAUUAAUUAAAAGCAGCAAUCAAAAGGCUUAAAAUCAGCUCAUACCUUCCAAGAGUUUUAUUCAUACUAAGAUU